CUCCACGAGUAACUCUAUACAGCAGAAACUCUUACUUUACGAAUUGUUCAAGACCUUUUGGAACUAGUUUUGUCAAGUUUGUUCCAUCCAUCAUGUCGAAUACGCAGCAGCAGGCUAGUGGUGGCUCCAGGAAGGACUUUUCGAGGGAGAGUCUGUUUGACCUCUCUGGAAAGGUUGCCCUCGUUACUGGCGGUGGAUCCGGUAUCGGUCUCAUGGCUACUCAAGCCCUUGCUGUCAACGGAGCAAAGGUAUACAUCACGGGCCGUACAAAGGAAAAACUCGACCGCGUCACCGAACAAUACGGGAAGAACAUCUCUGGAGAAAUCAUUCCUAUCGUGGGCGAUAUCAACACCAAGGAUGGCGUGCAGAAACUCUACGACGAAUACUCUUCCCGCGAGAACUGUCUCUGUAUCCUUGUCAACAAUGCCGGCGUCUCGAGCAAGUCGAUGCAAGUCGAAGCAAAGACGGCACAAGAGAUGCGUCAAAACAUCUUUGAAAACAAGGAUAGCACGUAUGAAGAUUGGGCGGACACGUACAACACAAACGUCACGGGGCACUUUUUCAUGACUGCUGCGUUUUUACCACUUUUGCAAAAGAGCAGUGAGAAACAUCACGGCUGGAGUUCAACCGUCAUCAACAUCACAAGCAUUAGCGGCAUGAUUCAAAAAGCUCAGCAUCACUUUGCCUACAACGCAUCCAAAGGCGCAGCUGAGCACUUGACACGCAUGCUAGCUAGUGAGAUAGCAGGCAACAAGCUCAAGAUUCGCGUCAACGGUAUAGCACCGGGUGUAUUUCCCUCCGAGAUGACGACUGAAGGAAGCGAUGAGGCGCAGAAGAGCAGUAUCCCGAGGGAAAAGUAUGCGGAAAAGGUCCCUGCUGGAAGACCGGGUAAGGAUGAGGACAUGGCGCAGGCUGUACUGUUUUUUGCUACGAAUCAGUAUCUUGUUGGACAGACGCUUGCUGUUGAUGGUGGGUAUACGAUUGCGGCGGGUAUGUAA